AUGGAUGAUAGGAGGACAUCAUCCACGGUUGAGCUGCGUCGCAAUUCAUGCUCGAGCGAGUGUGACUGUGCUGAGCUGGGUCCCAAAACUAACUGGUCCGUGGCGGCCGCCACCACCGCGGAAUCUUAA